AGGGAAAUUGUAGGUCCUGCCAAAGAGUCGUGUCGCAGAACGUUGCUGGAUUUCAACAUCAACAGCCUCCAGCGAAGAUACUCAUUCAGGAGACAGUGGAGCUAGGAGCAAAGACCGCUGGCUACAGGAACACCACCACCACCACCAUGAGGUUUUCUUUCAAUAUCCUCUUUCUUGGGUGUUGGCUGACCAGGCAGUGGCAAAUGUCUAGAGGAGAACUUUAUCCAAAGCCUUCCAUCAAAGUGAGUCCCAGUCCUGAGGUCAACCUGCAGGGGGAUUUCUACAUUGACUGUGAGAGUAAGGGUUACACCGGAGCAACCUUCCAUCUCUUCAAGGAAGGGAUUUCAGAGCCUUUGUAUUCUAAGCCUGCUUCAUUGGAUGCAGUUGAAUUUCCCAUUUUUAAUAACAAGCAAACAGAUGGAGGGAUCUACCGAUGUACAUAUUGCUUCAAAAAUUAUUAUGAUAGACAAUGCUCAGAAUACAGUGAUGAAGUUUCCAUCAACACAAGAGGAGAGUUUUAUCCAAAGCCCUCCAUCUCUGUGACACCCAGUCCUCAGGUCAUACUUGGGACAAAUUUCUUCAUCUACUGUAACAGUAAACAUUACCAAAACGCAGCUUUCUAUCUCUUCAAAGAAGGCAUUUCAGAACCUUUGUCUUAUGAGGUUGCUUCAGGGAGUAUAGCUGUAUAUUUCAUUUUGGAUGCCAAUCAAACAAAUGGAGGAAUCUACCGGUGUGUAUAUUGUUUCACUGUACAUCAUGGUAGACAAUGCUCAGGUUUAAGCGAUGGACUUUACAUCAACAUAGCAGAACAAAUUUAUCCCAAGCCUUCCAUCUCAUUGAGCCCAGGUGAGAUGGUCACCCUGCGGGGAAAUGCUACCAUCCGUUGUAAGAAGGACAAAUACCCAAAAGCAGAAUUCACUCUACACAAAGAAGUGUUUGAGGGUGUCUCUGAUAUCAAGAAGACUGAAUCAGGUGGUAUUUUGUUUCCCAUUACCAAUGCUAAACAAUUGGAAGCUGGCAGCUACCGUUGUAUCUAUUGCAUCAAAUCAGACUUGGACUUCUAUCAACAAUGCUCAAACUACAGUGAUAGAGUAUCCAUCAACAUAACAGAUCCCUGGCUCUCUAAACCCUCCAUCAGGGUGAGACCAACAGAGCAGAUUUCUCUGGGGAUGAAUAUCAGCAUUGAAUGUCAGGGGAGAAAGAGUUAUCUGACCUUUUCCUUGUACAAAUCAAGCAUCCUGAUAGCAUCACAGACGACACAACAAAGCAGCAACACAACGGAGUUCUUUUUCUCUCAAGUGACCUUGGAGGAUGGAGGGAGCUACACCUGCCAAUACCACAGAAUAAAUCCCUAUGUGUGGUCAGAGCCAAGUGACCCUGUGGAGCUGGUUGUGAUAGACAGAUUUUCAAUAAUUUUGUGGGCAAGCAUUCCUGCCGGUCUUCUCCUUCUGGUCCUCAUACUGCUAUUACUUGCCUUUGUAUUGUACAGAAAAAGGAGAAAGGGUUCCACGGCCAAUGACAGAAGCCAACCAUUGAACAUACCCCUGGAAUAUGACGCUGAUGAAGUUUGCUAUGCUGUAUUGAAUCACAGUUCACUGAAAACCAAAUGGGCAGCCAAUGCUGACAGAAGCCCCGAUACCUGUACUUAUGCAGCAUUGGCCCAAGGCAGAACCAAAGAGGGCCAAUAAGCAAGACUAAUUAUGAAGUAGAUGCAUCAUAAGAGACCUUGGAUUAUCCUUGUGUUGCAUGGACAUUUAUCUGACUGGGUCCUAUAAGCAGAUGCAUCAUACAUCAGCCUUAUUCACCAAAAGCACCUGUCGGUCCCACCAAAGAGCUGGGGGUCAAACUAUCUGCUUUUCCCUGCUUCCGUGGCUACGUAACCUGGCCACCAACCACCUCCUUUCUGUGGAGAUCUUCCUUCUGCUCCUGGCUGGGCUCGUUAAGGAGGCUGCCCCAUGCAGUUGAUAACAUACUCUAAACCAGGGGUAGGGAACCUCAGCUCUGGGGGCUGAAUAUGGCCCUCCAUGCCUCUUUACCUGGCCCUGGGAACUGUCCACAGGCCAUGUGCCUUGCAAGCCCUGCUCCAUGUACUCCCUGAGUACGCUUGCCCGGCUGAAAUGUGCCCUUGAACUGCGAUAAUAGCUCUUGCUUGCCAUGAUGGAGGAUAGAAAGGUGGACGGGGAGAACAAGAGUGAAUGUGGCCCUUGAGACCUCUCUGUCUGGCUCUCAUAACUCUCUCUAGGCCACACCCUCUCCCCAGUUGCAGCCACCUUGAAUGCUGUUGCCUGGCUAGAAUGUGUCCUCGACCUCUGAUGAUGCCUCUUGCUUGACUGAAUGGAGGAUAGAGGGGGUUGGUGGGUGGCAUAUGAAGGUAAAAUUUAUAUUUGGUGCUCUUCCCACUUUUCCUUCUGGCCCUGCCCAUCGCUAGCAUGUGGCACUGGAAGGUUGCCCAGAAGUGAAUGCAGUCUUCAGUCUGAAAGAGGUUCUCAAUUCCCGAUAAACAGGAAGCAACAGAAGACAGCCAUUUUGUCAGACAGCAGCAAAACUUCAGAAGAACUCCAUGUUAAGCAGAGGCAGCUUCGCAAGAGAUAAAAUAAGGGCAGAGUCCUCAGCUUGAGUCAGGCUGAAAAUAUGUGAAAUAAUAAAAAGAGCACAUUUGAGUAUGUGCAGAGUGCAGUUCCUCUGCCCUAGAAUCCCCACAACUAGCCUUGAAAUGUCAAGUACGAGCAGCAAAGAAAUGCAUAUAUAAUAUAUUUAUAUAGUUAAAAGCCUAUCGCACCUUUUAUUUUAUUUAUUAAUAUUUGUUAAUCACUUUUUACAAAAUGUAAAGCAACUUACAAAUACUAAAGUACUGAACAAUUUAUCAAACAUUUAAAAUCAGUUACACAAUAAAACAUAAAAAUAAGAAAAGUGUUCCUAAUUUUAGGAAUUAAGCACUGCAUAAGAAGUUGUUAUGGUGAGUAAGAGAGUAUAACGUGGAUGGGGAAUUUAGUGUCCUAAACCUUAACUGCUGUGUUAAGCCAAUCUGAAGAUAUAUAUACAAUACUAUGUAAUUUCAGGGCAAGUCAAACAUUGAGCCAGUUUCCUCAACAGGAAGGGGGCAGGAACACAAAUGGCAGUCCUAUGAGAGUUCCUCUUUCUGUAAGAUUAAGAAACAGGGAUUGUGGUGGCAAAAGACUAGACACAAUGUCCUGUGCCUGCCUGGAACUACAGUCUCUGAUUAUUCAGUUGAGAAUUUUCAAAAGGGACGCCAUGUUAAUCUCCUGCAAACAACAACAAAGACUCUUAACAGUAACUGGCAGUGAGACCGAGAUUAAGAGGGUGGCUCCAUGUCCGCCCUUCUACACCAGCCACUCAUGCUCUGGGUUAAUUUCUCCAAGACACCAUGUGAUUUGAAGGCCUGGAUCCCUCCCUCCCUCUCUCUUAGUCUUGCCCCUGCCAUAGCAAAGCCAAAACUGAGUUAGUUAACAAGUUGCACCACAGUGAAUGGAUAGCAAGAGAAGGAACUUGGGUAGACAUACCCAUUUGCUGUACAGCAUGCAUGGCUAACAUUUUUCAGGCAGUGACAGCCACAUGUCAAUGGUGUAUAUGUGAUUAAAGUGUAAAAGUGAGUGUGGCAAAAAAACUUAAAAUGGGACUGCAAUUCUGAAGGCUGCCUUCUAGGCUGUCAUCAGGUAUUCUACACUAUUUUAAAAUUAUUUUGAUCAUUAUUGUAAAUUACAAUUUUAAUUGAAUUAAUUUUUUUACAAAAAUAGAAAACAAAAUUGUGAUGGGCACAGAAACCUUUUAGCAUCAAGGCUUUCAACAGCUUCACAGCAGGAAGGCCCGUGGGAGUGAUCACUUUUUCAAAAAAUUAAAAUGAUACAUUUUUAGGGUCUUGUGGAUAGCCAUAGACAGAAUAGCAAAGCCACUGUCAUCAUUUUCAAAAAUUAUGUCUACAAAUCUCUGAUAACCCUAUAUUUUUGUCCCAGUCAUUAGGACCCUUACGAAUGUCACUGCUGACCUCCAGUACCUAUGACUAAGCACCCAGAUUACAUUUCUAGGUUAUCCAAGAUGUGAGACACAUGGCAAAACAGCAUCAAGGCAGUCCUUUUAAAAGAUGCCCCCUGUCAUCUUCUCUGGCCUCAUUCCCCCGGCUCAGAGGAAGACUCAGAAGAGAAGGAAGCACUGCUUGGAGGGCCAUUAUCCUCCACUCUAGGACUAUCCAGACCAGAGGAUGUGGCUUUACCCACACACUCAAACAGCACCUCCCCAUGCAGUCAUUACCGCUCCCUUGCCAUAGGAGCCAGCAGCUGCAGAACAAGGCAAUGCACCUUUAAGAAACAGACAGCUCCUCAGAGGGAAGUAGGUUCACAGCAGGUCAGAAGUCUACAUAGCAUACUGCUGAGACAUCACCUGUCCUGGGCGAGGUCCAGCCAGCACCUGCCACAGCUAUCUGUCCAGGGUCCUGACAGGCUCUGCUUUCCCCUGUUGGCUGUGAUCUCAUCGGUGGUACAUGCCCUGGUCUCCUCUUGCCUUGACUACGGUAAUGUGCUCUACGUGGGGUUACCCUUGAAAAUGGUCUGGAAGCUGCAACUGGUUCAGAACGCGGCGGCACGCCUGAUUAAAGGCAGCCACCGGCGAGAUCACAUAACUCCAGUGCUCAGAGAGUUGCACUGGCUACCAGUUGCUUGCCGGGCCCAAUUCAAGGUGUUGGUUUUGACCUUUAAAUCCCUAUACAGUUUUGGCCCAGUCUAUCUGAAGGAGCACUCCAGCAUCAUCAGCUAUGCCGCCUAACAAGAUCGGCCUCAAAAGACCUUCUCUCUAUCCCACCAGUCAAAACAGCUAGACUGGUGAGGACUAGAGAGAGGGCUUUUUUAAUUGUGGCCCCCACCCUAUGGAACUCCCUUCCGAAUGAUCUCCGCCAGGCCCCCUCUACAAUGAGUUUCUGCCAGGCCGUGAAGACCUGGCUCUUCAGGCAGGCCUUUGGGGUGGGUUAGAUUUUAACAUUAUCGCUUUUAGAUUUUAAUGUUAUUGUAUUGGUGUGUCAUUUUGUGUUAUUUUGUUCAUUUUGUACGUCGCCCAGAGUGGCUGGAUGGCCAGCCAGAUGGGCGACUAAGAAAUCCAAUAAAUUAAAUUAAUUAAUCCAAAA